AUGCAUAAAGAUACAGGUAAGCGGUUAUAUUUGCAUAUUUUCUGUCGAAGCAGCCGACUUGACUUGAUAAACCGGACGUGAAGUGUCACGCGGGAGCGUUGCGCAGCGGAAAAAAAACGAAAAAGUUGAUUAUUUUAUUUAGAUUAGUACUUUCGUGAAAAAAAGAUGAUGUAAGAAAGUUGAGAGUUUUGGUAAUUUUAGGGGGUGGAACUUUGAAGUUGCGAUAAAUAGAUAAUAUAAAUAGUUUCGGAAAUUUUAGUUUAGAACAGGAGAAAUAAAAUCUAAGAUAAUUGAGAGAAUAUUUUUAUUCUACUGUUGCAAAUUUUUUAUUUAUGAUUUCCUAGAACGCAAAAAAAUUAGAAAAAAUUCAAGGUGGAAAUUGAUUUGGAAACUAUUUCCGUAUAAAAUUCGGAAAACAGUUUGUGCAAAAGGAUUUGAUAAAAAUUUGAGUUUUUUCUGAAAAAUUGAAUAUUCGUGAUAUUAAUUUAAGCUACCAAAAAUUUGUUGAAUUUUAAAAAUAUUUUUUUCUCAAAAUUUUCAAAUUUUCAUUGUAAAUAUUGGGAACAUAAUUUCCGGUUUUCAUCUGAUUCUGUUUAAUUUUAAAACGAAGCGAAAUGUUUUAAAUUCAUGAUCAGAUGAAAAUUUCGCCAUGAAAUUAAUCGAUGACUCGUAACUUAUUCUAUUAAAAAUUUACAGUAAGAUGUAAAAAUGUUGGAAUUCUGAAAAUUGGAAAACUUCAUAUUUCAUAAUUCAUUACGAACUGUGUUCGAUCUUCAUUUUCAAAAUGAAUUCCAAAAAAACUUAUUAAGAUUCUCGUUUGAAUUUUUAUUUUUCAAAAAUUAGAGACCAUCUGAAAUUUAUCUCAAAAUAUUUGAUUUCCAGACCAGAAUUGCUAGAUAACUUGUUUAAAAAGUUCCAAUCAAAAGUCACCUUUAUUUUCCUAUUUAUUCUGUUGUUUUCUCAUUGUUUUUACAAACAAAUAACUGUCAAAAAGCAACAAAAUAUUAUUUGAAAAAUAUUUGUUUUUAUACUUGAUUCUUUCUGCUUCUGCAUUUUUUCAUUCAUCUUCUUCCAAACACAAUUUUUUUCGCAUUCACCUAACUAAUAUUUACACUUCUGAACAAGAUGAGAAGGGAUAAAUCACACUAAUUUAAUGGGGAAAUAUUUAUCUAAAGUACACGAGGACAAAACUAUACAUCGAGUCAGAUCUGCUCCAAAGUAUUUUUUUUUCAUUUCCAAUUUUUUACAUAUGUUCGUUCGGAUUUCAUCAUGUGGUCAGUUAUCGUCACACACAAAAAGUACUUAAAACAUAACAAGAAUCUUCUUUUUCAUCAUGUUCUCCUUCUCGAAAAUCAACAAAACAAUAGACUGUUCGGUGCCGUGCGCACUAAACAAUCAUUCCAACACACAUUCCGUAUACGGAAAGAAAAAUUAAGAUGAGAAUAUUAUGGAAAAUGAAGAGAUUUUGAGAAUUAUACGUCAUUUGUGUAUGUAGAUUACGUAGAAAAACGCAUCAUCAUCAGGAGCAAAAAAUGAAGCGUGGAAUAAGAUGAUGAGCAUGACAAUUUGUAUGACCAAAAGUGGAAUAGGGAAAAUUUGUAAUGGGUACGGUAGUUUAUGAGUUUGAUAAAUGAAAUUUUCAAAAAAUACGAAGAAUCUCAAUUCUGACGUGAGACAGAGUCAACUGAAGCAAUAAAACCAAGUAAUUUUUGAAAAAAAAGUUGCGAGCCGUUUGGAAAAUAAAGCGUUUAUGGAUUUUUUUUGAACUUGCUUUCUAAUUGUUCUCUCGAGUUCUAUAAAAAAUUAUAGAUUAGGAGAUAUUUGAUUUUAAAACAUCUAAAAAAAUCAUAAAAAUAAUAAUUUCGAAAUUUUUGAUUACUGUAGACAAUAAUAAUUUUUUAUUUCUAACGCUAAGCAAGUUUUGGCGUCAAAUUUUUGCUUCAUUUUAGUUGAAACAGUUUCAUUUUGAAUUUAAUUUUGCUGAAUUUGAAGAAGUCCAUUCAAAAUAAUCACUCUCUCAGAGUUCAGAAAAAUUGAUCUUCUCAUUUUUUGAAGUAACGUCCAUUCAAAAAAUCUCCAAAAAAAUAAUUAUUUUGAACACCUGACGAAUCUUCGAAGAAAGUUCAAAGUUGUUAAAUGAGAUUUUUAAUGGGCUCCAAUAUAACAAACGUGUCUCAAAAAAAAUGAAAUUGAAGAUAAAAUUUAAUAUGGAUUUUGGAUUAUUUUGCGAGUCUGAAGAUAAGCAGAUUCAAAGUUUUUUCGGCGAGAAUAUAUGAAAAAUGAAAUGAUUUUGUGAUUUUCGAGUUCUCCACUUAAAAAUGUUAACAUUAUGAAAUUCGUUUUAUCUUUUCAAAAGAUGAGUUUCAAAAUUCAAAGAUUUUUCAUAAAUAUAAAAUAAAAAUAGGAAAUGUUUCCGAUAGCAAACAUGACUUCAAAGUUGUUCCGAAAACUAAUCAAAAGUUCUAGAUCACAAAAAAAGUUCGCAACAAACGCAAAACGUGACCAACUCAAAAUAACCAUUGCGAUUAAUGUAAUCGUCUAUCAACAUGUUUCCGUAUACUUUUUAUUUAUCAAAAAUGGUAUCAAUUUCGACUCUUGCUCUUCUUCCUUUUCCUCUCUUAUUUCUUCUCAAUUUUCCUCGUUUUGUCAACAAAAACAACAACCUCACGAUACAUUUUGGAUCCCAAAAACAAGCAAACAAUACUGAUGAUCAUUUGUAUAUAAAUGAGAGUCUUGUUAAGUGAUUCGUAGUAUUUUUUGCUCGAUUCGAUUCGAUUCACUUCUUAUUCGAUUUUCUAGAUGGUUGUAAUUACACCUAGUUUAGUUGUCAAAAUAUCGGAUUCGCUAAAGUCGACAGACUUCAAAUCUGAUAAUCCUGGUAAGUUCCAUUUGAAAAAGUUUCAACGUCAAUGAAAAUAUUAUAGAGAUUAAUUAAUUAAGUAGAAAUCUGGUCCUUGAUCAUGUUAUUGGCAGGCGCGGUUAAUUUCCGGAAAAAUGCACGAAAUACUUUUUUUUUUGACGCGAGCGCGCUUAAGCACACAAGUCAUUUGACAGUUAGAUUUGAUUUUAGAUGUUCCCAACUCAUUUUUGUUUUUGGUUCUGAUUCUGAAUUUUUUUGCUGUUAAAGCUUCAUAGUUAGUGUGAAAUUUAGCUUGAAAUGUUCCAAAAUUUAAUUUUUUGAGCAAAAAUAAUUGUAACCCUGAUGGAAUCUGAACAAUUCCAGAUUCCAGAAUAUAAACUCUAAAAAUAUUUUAAUUCGGAAAAUUCCGUAAAAAUGUUCAUUUCUAAAAAUUAUUUAGGGCAAGACUCAGAAAGAAACUCAAUUUCGAAUUCGAAAAAAUCUGGAUUUCAGAAAUGUUGAGAACUCAAAAAUUGAAAUAAAAAACAUCCACAAAAGUUCUAAAUUCCCAAAACUCUCAAACUUGAAAAAUAAAUCAGCUUACAAUAUUGUUGGCACAAUAUUGAUACAAAAAUAAAUUUUUAAACAAGAAAUCAGGUUCUCUCGAGAAAUUGUGAUUCAAAGUUAAAAAUUUCAAAAAACAAAACUUGAAAGUGACAUCAAUUCUAAUUUUACUCUAACUUACUUCAACUCAUAUAAAAGUUACAAGAAGUUCAACAAUGAACCAAAACCAGUAACUUGCAAAAAUUUUCCCAUUGAACUUUUUAUCAUCUUGUCAGUUUUUUUUGUUCUUUUGCUGCUUACCGGGUAAAAGUAUACUGAUAUACUUAUACUUGAUGUGAUCCGGUUUUCCGGGUGUAAAUAUAUGUUUGUUUGGAGGAAAAAGAAGGUGCGCGGAAGAAAGUGUGCAAGAGAAAUAGAGAAAAAGAUGAGCACUAUAAAAUCAGUUGAAAUUUACUAGUAGUAGUUCAUGUUAACUCAAUUCCUCUUUUUGUAGUUUCCCCAAAGAAAAUCGAAAAACUUCUGGGGUUUUUUCAUAAAUAUAUUUUUGAUAUUUCAGAUCAAUUACUUCGUUCAAUGUCAUCGGUUCAUCCGAUCAGCGAUGGACUUCCAUCUGGUAUUCCACUUUCAAGACCAAUUACUCAUAGAUGGUUUCCAUCUUGGAGGUUUAUGACAUCGAUUAUGCUCUGUUUUUGUUUUGGAUGGUAAGUUAAACAAAAUCAGAAGAUUCUUGAAAUUCAGCUGGAUCAUAGAAAUGGUAGAUCGAAUAAUUUUUGGCUGCAUUGGUCUUUUUUAAACAAUAAUUUGAGAAACCAUCCCUGAUAUCUGAAAACAAUCUCUUUAUUUUUUCAGUGUUCAUUUGAUGAAUAGUAAUAUGGGAAUGGCAAUUGUAUGUAUGGUUAAUUCAUCAGUAACAUAUGAUAAUGAAACUUAUCCAUCUGAUGCGGCUCCACUUCUUGAUUGGUCUUCUGAUGAACAAGGAUAUAUAUUCUCAGCUUUCAAUGCUGGUCUUCUUGUUAUGCUUUUUACUGGUGGAAUGGCUGAUAAAUUCAAUGCCAAAUAUAUGAUCCUUGUCUCCGUUUUUAUUGCCUCAAUUGCUAAUAUAUUCCUACCAAUGCUUGCUCCAAUCAGUGUUUAUUGGGCAAUUUUCAGUCGAUUUUUAGUUGGUUUUGCUGACGCAUUAUUGCAACCAGCGAUGAAUUCAUUGAUCACAAGAUGGUUUCCAACAAGUGAAAGAAGUUAUGCAUUAGGACUUGCGACUGGAGGAAGACAAAUUGGAACACUUAUUAUUAUUCCAGCUGCCGGAGCACUUUGUUCACAAACUGAAAUAUUUGGAGGAUGGCCAUCAAUCUUUUAUUUAUCUGGAUUUAUUGGUGUUCUUUUCAUCGCUUCUUAUAUUUUCCUUGGUGCUGAUAAACCAUCAAAACAAAGUUGUAUUUCGGAUAAUGAACUCAAAUUUAUCACAAUUUCAAAUCAAUCUGAAGAUGUUGGUAAAAAACGAACUGAAAGAAGUGUUCCGUGGAAGAAUAUUUUGAAAUCUGGAGCAGUUUGGGCUUCUGUUAUUUCUCUAGUUUGUCAUGAAUUUCCACUUAUGACACUUAUUAUGUUCCUUCCUUCAUAUCUGCACGAUGUUCAUCAUUAUCAUUCAACUGAAAAUGGUAUUUUGAGUGCUUUGCCAACUGUUUCAUUGUGGUUCGCAAAAAUUGGAUCAAGUUAUUUGAAUACUUGGUUGCAAAAGAAUACCACAUGGAAAAAAGAUACAAUUUGCAAGGUUAGUUAAAUGAAGUCCAGAUCUGGUCAGAGUAUUCAAAAAAUGGAACAUUUUAGGUUCUCAACUCAAUCGGAUCAAUUGGUCUUGGAGUCUUCUUACUUGCCGCAACUUUCUUGGAUAAAUCACAUGCUUGGAUGGCUGUUCUUUUCCUUUGUCUUUCAAUGGCUUCAGCUGGUCUUCAUACACCUGGAUGUCAAUUGGCUUUGGUUUCAGUUGCUCCAGCUUAUUCUGGAGCUGUUACUGGUUUCACGUUCUUCUUUGUCGCUGUUUCCGGAAUUAUUCAUCCAAUUAUCACCAAAAUGAUUGUUAGAGUGAGUUUUUAUCUUGAAUAUGGCUAGAAAUUUCAAAUUUCAAAUAACAAUAUCCAAAUAAUGUUUUUUUAGGAUCGGACAGCUGCUGAAUGGAAUCUUGUGUUCUAUAUUUCUACAGUAAUCGCUGUUUUCCCAAUCGUAAUUUUCAAUAUUUGGGGUUCGACUGAAGUUCAAUGGUGGGCAAAAUCGAAAAAAGCAUCAGUCACUUCACAAGAAUCCACAGAUGCAACAAAAACUGUGCAAAAACCUGAAGUUUAA